AUGGAAGGUGGAAGAGAGGAAAAGUCCAGCGGUUUUAAUGUCGUUGCUGUUACUGUACCUACAGUUCUGCUGCUACUCCUUAUACCAGCAGUUGUUGUCGCUGUGCUCUUAUACCGGAGGAGAAGGCAGACAAGAUCCCAAAGUGCCAGUGAAAGACCUGUCCAAUUUGAUGACCUUCAAAACGAUUAUGAAAACCUUGGCGCGAAUGCAUCAAGUUUGGUUUAUCAGAAUGUGGGAGACAGUCGUCGGUCAAUUGAAGGUAUUGAACAACAGCCUGACGGUGAAGAGGAAGAGGCUACCUACAGUGAGGCUGACGAUGGUAGGCCCAAACCAAUUCCUGUGGCUAAUUUUGCAAAAUACUUCAAGAAAAGUUCUGAAAAUGGUGCUAUUGUACUGCGACAGGAAUAUAAGAAUUUACAGGGCGAUGUGCUGUUUCCUUGUGAGAUUAGCAAGAGUAACAGAGGCAAGAACCGUUAUGGAAACAUCGUUGCAUAUGAUCAUUCUCGUGUUGUUUUGGAGGAAAUAGAGGGUGAUAAAAAUUCCAGCUACAUCAAUGCAAGCUACAUUCCGACCUACGACGAGGUCACCAUGACUUAUAUCGCCACACAAGGUCCAAUUUCUACAACUGUCGAUGAUUUCUGGCGACUGGUCUGGCAGGAAAACUGUUCCACCAUUGUGAUGCUUACAAACCUGGUUGAGGGGGGAAAGGGUAAAUGCGAUCAGUAUUGGCCAGAUCACACUUCCAAAUAUGGCGCUUUCACAGUUACUCUUCAAAAGACUGAAACUUUCGCCGAUUACGUCAUCAGGUCAUUGAUUGUGACGAAGAUCUAG